AAGUAAUGUAAACGUUCGUGAUGAUAUCCGUUGACCGGAUUUAUAAGAAGAAAUUAUUUCUAUGCAUUAUUUUCAUUUUGAGUGUUGUUGCAAGUGAGAUGAGAGGACAUUGAGUUUGAGAGACCUGCACAUUUUCUAAAGGACACCGUUCUAUUAGCUCAGAUUACAAGGUAAUUAUACAGUCAAUUAAAUGGCUUCUGUGGUUAUAUGUUUAAAUGCUGUGUUAUAUACUACCCAUCUUAUGUUACAUUAGACAUAUAAUCAUAUCAGGACAGAUUGUCAUUUGACAAGAUGAUGCAGCCUCAACAAUUCAGGUAUUUAGGUUGAAAUGCAGGUUUGGGGAUUUCUAACCACACCCCUGUUCCAAAGACCUACGUCUCUUUCUGAGAGCUGCCUGUCCGUCUCAGGUGUAAAAUAUUUAAGGCCUCAUGGCUUAUUCUAAACUUUGCUGAGGACCAGCGCGUUUCAAUUGUGUUACAUACACUCCUUGUUGAAAAAAGUGCCAAUGCACUCCGCUGGAUUGUCAUACAUUAUGCAAGAAGUAGCAGCACGUUCACAGGCUCAGACCUGCUGUUAUCAGAUACCAGCACAGAAGGCCUUUGGAACUUGCUGCCUAUCAAUUGAGAAAACAUAUGAGCACUCAUUCACAAAGGAAAAGCAACCAGCAGGUGCAGUAGCUCCUCCUGUAAUGUCCUGACAGGGCUUUAUUGUCUGUUAAUAGGUUUAGUAUGCUGCAUUUGGAUAUUUCUAUCCUGUCUCCUAAUCGAGCUAAUAGGAUUACACCUAAAGAAGCAAGUCCGGCUAGAACAACAAACUCACUCUCCCCACCUAUUCAACCUCUGUCGAUUACCUGACCCGGCGGUAUUUUGAGGCUUUUAAGUAUUUGUUAUUGAAAGGGAUAUAAAUGGAAGGACUGACAUCUUAAAGUCAACUGGGGAAAUACGAGACUGUUAACUGAGUGUCUGAAGUGGAGGCUUCUCAUUGACUCGGCGGCUGCCUCCUCAAUUGAGACACCUGUUGCAACACGCUGGUUGGACACCGCAGGGUUGUCCUCGUCCUCCGGGGUCGUGGUCGUUUUGGUCAUUCAGGCAGACUUUUAACUGACUCAAAUCAAAACCUCAAAGUAAAAACAGCUAUGGGAGUACCCAACUCCAGGGAAUACAACUACUAUCAAGCGCCAAACACACCCUUUAGGAUUUUGCUGAAAAGACGCAAUGAGCCUCUCAAGAAGGAGCGUCCGAAGUGGAGGAGCGAGUACCCGAUGACGGAGGGCCAGCUGAGGAGCAAAAGGGAUGAGUUUUGGGAUACGGCUCCUGCCUUUGAUGGACGAAAAGAGAUUUGGGACGCACUCAGAGCAGCCGCCCUGGCUGCAGAGUGCAAUGACCUGGAGCUAGCACAGGCAAUAGUGGAUGGAGCCUGCAUUACUGUUCCCCAUGGUUCCCUCACGGAGAGUUAUGAUGAACUGGGCAAUCGCUACCAGCUCCCGGCCUACACAUUAGCCCCGCCUGUCAACCUAAUCUCUGAAACGUCCAGCGAGAGCAAAGUCUCCGACGCCACACAAAAACAAGCUCAACCGCCUCCGUGCAGACAAGAGUUCCAGCUGCGGGUUCGAUUGUCAACAGGAAAGGAUUUGCGUCUUACUGCCAGCAUGGCAGACUCCAUCGCUGAGCUAAAGAAACAAUUGGAAAAAAAGGAAGAAAUUAGCAUUUCGCGCCAGAGGUGGUUCUUUUCCGGGAAGCUCCUGACUGACAAGACUCGUCUUCAAGACGCCAACAUCCAGAAGGACUUUGUCGUUCAAGUGAUUCUCAACAUGAACUCUCCUGUCGUAGUAAACUGAUUUGUGGGACAGGUUGCUUUGAUGAGAGGAAAAUGAAAAAGACGUGCCAGAGAAGGGGGGCAGAAGUAGGGCUUGAAAUCAUUGCAGUGGAUUUUGUACAUUUUUAUAUAACAAAUUACUGCUUUUAUAUUUCUCCUUUUUCUAUGUUUUCCUUUUUCCAAAUGAAGUAAGAACAUUGAAAAACACUUUAGAUUAGCAGUAGUCCUACAAUGCACAUUCCAGUGUCUUACAAUGUUGUUUGUGUGGAAACCACAGUUCUAUUGUUUACACGGGUUCCCCUCCUUGUUGUGUAUGUACUUGCUUACUUGUGUAUGUCAGUGCUUCGACUGAACAUGGUUCACCUGAGGGUCAGAUAAAUGAAAAUACAUUCCCCUUUUUUGACAGAUGUCUGUCAUGCAAUUUUAGAAACAAGACAAUGUUGGCAAAAAAAUGUAGCAAAAAAUAAAAAUGUAAAUAUCUGUUUCCAUAUAUGUUGUCUGGUCAUGCACCUAUGUGCACACUACAUUUUCAAUUCACAUCUGGAUAUUUGUUAUAAAGGAACGGGGUGUCAUGAAAGCAUCUUUGUAAAAGCUAAUGAGAGAUAAUAAGGUUAGUUUUUUUAUUUUAUCACUCCAAACAAGAAACUAUAGUAUUCUGUACAAUAUGAUACUCACUGUACUUGGAUAACUUAUCAAUAAAUAUUGUACAUGUAAAAACA